AUGCUUCGCAUAGAGCAGAUGUCAGGGCAGGAGCUGCUCGCAGUUAGCAUGGAGGAUAUCUCGGAUGUGCGAGAUUUGAAGGCGUCCCUACGAAGUCAACAUGGCUUCCCGAUGUGCAUGCAACAAUUGCUGCACAAUGGCAACAGUUUGGACAAUUCCACCAAGCUGGAUGCCCCAAUGGACCUACAACUAGUCCUGCUAAGCCCUGCGACUGACGUGUGGCAGCUUGAGGCUGCCAAGGAGCUUAGCGAAGCUUGCGUCAAAGGCAACCUGGAGAUUGCACGGAUGCUUUUGGAAGCUGGUGCCAACAAGGACUUUGAGAAUCGCGCGGGCUAUACAGCUCUCAUGCUUGCAGCGAGAGAUGGCAACGUGGAGAUCGCACGGUUUCUUUUGGACGCUGGUGCUGACAAGGACCUGCAAGGUGGCGGUGGCAACACAGCUCUCAUGGUCGCAGCUGAAAACGGCCGCGUGGAGAUCGCACGGCUGCUUUUGGAAGCCGGUGCCAACAAAGACCUGCAGAAUCACUCUGGCUUCACAGCUCUGAUGGCCACAGUUCGUCGUGGCCACACGGAGAUCGCACGGCUGCUUUUGGAAGCCGGUGCUGACACAGAGCUGCAGGAUCACAGUGACACCACAGUCCUCGCGCUCGCAGCUGAGUUUGGCCGCACCGAGAUGGUACGCCUGCUUUUGGAGGCUGAUGCUGACAAGGACCUGCAGAGACGCGGGGGCAAUACAGCACUGAAGAUUGCAGAACGGAAGCGCCACGCAGAGAUCGCACGGUUGCUUGUCGAAGCUGGUGCUGAAUGGGCCUCGCAGGGUUAA